GCCAUUUGCAAACUACAGCAAAAAUUUCCCGUACAACCGCCAUCACAUUCGCACCUCCGUUCGGGCUUUGUUCAUUCGUUUGUCACAGUUUGGUAAUUGCUCGUUCAAUUGCCGUCACGUCGUUUUCGCUUUUUCCUGCACAUUUAAAUUAGUUAAAAUUAAAUACAAUAAAAUAAUAGUAUUUUACUUUUAUUGUAUAACAGAAAAAUUAACUAAUGCUUCGAAAAACGUAAAGUAUUUACUUUUUUCGUAACAAUAAGUGAAAUACGCAGUAGAUAAACAGAGCAGCAAAGUGAAGGGGAAAUUAGUGAAAAAUUCGUAAAUUUUCUUUCGAGCUUCUCACGCAUCUAAGGGAAACAUAUUCAUACUCAUUGACUGCUGCAGGAAUCAAGGCGAAACUUCGACGAGACCGAAAUAGAGCAGCCUAAUUUAAAUCCGUUUAAAUUGAUUGCGAAAAAGUUGAGCAAUUUCGUUGCAUAGGACGAAUAAAACACUUCGCAUCGAAGCGGGAUCUAUUUCAGUGAAAUAGUGGGCAAUUACAAAAUCAGGGCCAAUUUGGAAAACACGACUUUUGUUAUAAAGGAAUAAAAGUCCAAUAGGUCAGCAAAGAAGAACCCACUUUUCGACGAAACUUUACCAGAAAAGUAAAUAAAAUGUACGCAGGUGGUUAUGCAGUAAAUGCCGGAAGUCCACAGGCCAAUUCUAAUGGAUUUUAUGGCGGCGGCGGGGUCGGUGCUGGUCCACGACCUGAGCGACCUCACUAUCAGCGAAGUGCUAUCAAUAAUGGCAACAAUACCGGUUUGCCAUAUGGCGGUGGGUCUGGAUUGUAUGGUGGUGCUCAAAGCUCUUACCGUGGUGGCAACAACUCCAAUUCCAUGAUGACAAGUGGUGGUCCGAGCUUUUACGGUAACGGUGUUGCCACACCUGGAGGUUAUCAAGCGCGUGGGAAAAAUCCAAAUUUCGUACCACGUCAUCAAAAACCGAACGGCGGCUACCUACCAAACAAUGGCGGCUACCAUGGUGGUGUUAAUUUAGGAUUAUUGAGCAAAGAAGAGCGAGCUGAACUUCAGCGGGAAAAGGCAAAAAAUCCUGGACGUAAUCUACAAAUCCCACGUUGGGAAAAUUUACAACCUUUCAAGAAGAAUUUCUAUGUACCACACCAAAACACUUUGAAUAUGAGUGAACAAGCUGUUGCUGAACUUCGCAAUGAUUUAGAAAUAACAGUAUCCGGCAAUGGCAUACCACAUCCAGUAUCUUCAUUCGAAGAAUGUUCUCUUCCAGAAUACACCAUUGAAGAGAUGAAACGUCAGGGCUUCACCAAGCCCACUGCUAUUCAGGCGCAAGGCUGGCCAAUUGCACUCUCUGGUCGGGACCUAGUUGGUAUUGCUCAGACGGGUUCUGGUAAGACAUUAGCAUAUAUGUUACCUGCUAUGGUGCAUAUCGCAAAUCAGCCACCAUUGCAACGUGGGGAAGGUCCAAUAGCCUUGGUGUUGGCACCAACACGUGAAUUGGCACAGCAAAUACAAUCCGUUGUUCGUGAUUAUGGUCACUUGUCUAAGCCUGAGAUACGACAUACUUGCAUUUUUGGCGGUUCAUCGAAAAUUCCGCAAGCACGUGAUUUAGAAAGAGGUGUUGAAGUGAUUAUAGCUACACCAGGACGGCUAAUCGAUUUUUUGGAGAAUAGGAACACAAAUCUACAACGUUGUACGUACCUGGUACUGGACGAAGCAGAUCGCAUGCUUGACAUGGGUUUUGAACCACAGAUACGUAAGAUAAUUGAACAAAUUCGUCCUGAUCGUCAAGUAGUUAUGUGGUCCGCAACUUGGCCUAAGGAAGUGCAAGCACUGGCUGGAGAUUUCUUAAAAGAUUACAUUUCCAUAAAUAUUGGAUCGAUGAAUUUGUCAGCUAAUCACAACAUUCGUCAAAUGGUUGAAAUUUGCCAAGAAUCGGAGAAACCACAACGCAUUGUCAAAUUGCUUAAAGAAAUAGCACCAACAACCAAUAAUGCUGCUAAUAAUAAUAACAAGAUUAUUAUUUUCGUCGAAACAAAAAUAAAGGUCGAGGAAAUUUUACAAAUAAUUCGCAACGAAGGUUACACCGCCACUUCCAUUCAUGGUGAUAAGUCCCAACCCGAACGCGACUCAGUGUUGAAAGACUUCCGUAAUGGGAAAUCAAACAUUUUAAUUGCCACUGAUGUGGCCUCUCGGGGUCUAGAUGUGGAGGAUUUGCAGUAUGUAAUCAACUACGAUUACCCAAACUCAUCUGAAAACUAUGUACAUCGUAUUGGACGCACCGGUCGUUGCCAACAAUUAGGCACUGCUUAUACAUUAUUUACCCCUGACAAUGGAAAACAGGCACGUGAUUUAAUUUCUGUGCUGGAGGAGGCUGGUCAAGUACCACCACCAGCAUUAUUAGAUUUGGCCCGUUCAUCGGGUGGAAAUGGUAAUGGCCGUGGUAACAAUAAUCGUCGCUGGCAGCAGCAGAUUCCUCAUCAGCAACGUAGCAAUCCUUUGAACUACCAGGCUGGCAACAAUCCCAACGGUACGUAUGCCCCGAAGCAGACUCAAUAUCAGCAACAGAACAGCGGCAUUUAUCAGCAACAUAACAGUGUUGGAAGUGCUAGUGGCGGUGGCAGCUGGAACAACCGUUCUGGUGUGGUUAGCAGCGGUACGGGUGGUCAAUACAAUGGCCAAGAUGCUAAUGGUGGUCGCACUUAUCGCCCACGUGCGCCCUUCAAUGCCGGUGGUCCUCGUCCAAUGAUGGGCUAUAUGCCACCACAUAUGCAACAAAACAGCGGGUUCAUGCCACAACAGCAAUAUCGACCACGUGGUCAGCAAUUCAUUCCACAGCAAAAUGGCAACGUACCCCGUUUCCAACAAUAUCAAAAACGUGAAUAUAAUCCACAGCAUUAUGACAAACAACAGCAGCAACAACAAAAUGUUGUUACCAAUAGCGGUGGGGGUAGUGUUGAACAUCAACAGCAUAAUGGGGUUAUGAAUGGUGCUGCAGUUGCCACUAUUCAGCAACAACAACAACAGCAACACCAGCAACAAGUGAAUGUUGCUGCAAACAUAGCAGCUGCAGUCGCUGCCGCCGGUGGUCAAUUGGGUGGUGAGUACCCCAGCAACGUUUCGACACCACCGGCUGCGGCUUUAUACGCAGCACCUGCUCAAUCGCCGCCGACCGCAGCUGCUAAUACCGCUACUGCUUACAUGUAUGAUGCUAGUGGUGUAUUGGCAGCCGCAGCUGCAGCCGCUGCUGCUAAUCCAUAUGGUGGUUUACCACCACACGCCACCGCUGCUUUUUAUCCACAUCCACACCAGUUUGCCGCUGGCGUAGCUCCGGCCACGGCUGCUGAUGUAUUGCAACAACAGCAACAGCAGCAAAGAGCGUAAGUGCAUCAGACGACAUGAAUUAUUGCAGUGCUCAUAGCGAAAAUAUAACAUAUACAUUUCUUCAAUUUUAUCGACUUACUUACAAAUAUUAAUUACUUAUUGAUACUACAAAAACAAAAACAUUCAUUAAAAAUAAUCGAUAAACGGUAACUGUUCAAGGUAUGCAUUAAAUAUAAAGCCGGAAUAUGCUGAAUGGCAUUAAAACGAGGAAAAAACAUUGCGAAAAUGGAAAUGGUAACAAAUGUGAAACAAAUAAUAUAGAUAUAUAUAUAUUUAUAUAUCCGGUGAACUGUCUUUGAAAUAAUAUUAAAUCGACUUUAAGAAACACAUUUAUUUAACCUAUUGUAAGAGACCUACCAUAAUUAAUUGUAUUACAAGAAGCGCCGCAGCGCUUGCAUAUGGAUAAUACUGUGCUGUACUUCAUUUCGUCAGUCUUGAGGUAUAAGCGACAGGGCCAAAGUCGACGGCUAUUCUUGAAUACAGUAGUAAAUAAUUACGCAAGCCGACAAGAUUUUGACUCAAGUACCAGACAACAAUUGCCCUAACGGUUUUUACAUGCUGAAUCUGAGCUAAAUAUAACCCCGGUACGUAAGGUUGUCGAAAUUUUCUAACCUAUUUUUAAAAUUAUGUGCGUAAAAAUGUCGUCACAGUACCUCAAAGUUUGCCCUUCGAAAUACAUUUUAAAACUUAAAAAUAUGUAUUUGGUAGCGACUUUUUGAAGAUUUUAUUUUUGUGAAAGAAAUAAAUUUGUGAUGCCCGGUAUGUAAAAUAAUCCGGGCAAAUUUUGUUUGGUUUUUGAUUCAGUCAAAUUUUGGAGGCCUGUGUUAUUAUCUUUUAUAGAAACAAAAGUUUAAUUUCAUUUAAGUCUUUAAUAUGAACUACAUAUAUAUAUUUUUUUUUUGUUCUUUUAAAUGCACAUUGAAAUGUUUUUGUUUUGGUAUAAAAUCGGUAAUACUUCGAUAGAAUUUCUUAGUUUAAAAUUUAAACCCAGUAAACAUUUUUUUUUGGAUUUUAUAUUACCGGAGCGGUAUUAUAUAUAUGUAUAUAUAAUAUCUUUUAGCAUUUACAAAAAUAUAUAUUACAAAAAAGCCCUUCAAAAGUGCAUUUCCUAAAUUUUAUAAAUUAUUUUAUAACUAAGAAAUUCCUAUUUCCGGUUUCUAGAAGAACAUAAAAUUAAGCGAGCAACUAAAAGAAUGCAGUCAGUAACUAUGAAAGAACAAUUUAAACGCUGAAUUUUUGAAAACGGCAUCAAAUGAAACGAAAUUCAAAAUUAAAUGAUUUAGUACACAAAUACAAUAUGUACUAUAUGUAACCCAACAAGAAAAAAUCCUAUUUAACAAAAAAUUUUGAAUUGUUCAUAAACAUUACUUUAAUGAUAUUCCGCAAAAUACCCACUUUGCAUCGCAAUACCUUUUAAGCUAUUAGAAUUGUAAUGAAAAACAAAAAAUAUCGUGUUUCAACGAUUAAAUGCCUUCAUUUCUUUGUUAUAUUUUGCAAUAUGCUUUUAAUCGAAUUAUCUAAAUUGGAAUAUAUUAUAUUAACUUUAGAAUAGAUUUCUCAGGCACAGCUCUUCUUCGGUCCUUGCUACCAUUCAAUAAUUUAAUUUACUUAAUAGUUUUUCGAAUAAAACACAUCAAUUACUAAUGAGAAACAAUUUUAACUUAUUAAUAUUUCAAAUAGAAAAAAUUUGUAUGUAAUAGAUUACUUAAUUUUAGUUUUAUUUUCCAAAAAAUAAAUUUAAUUGCAACAGCCAAAUCUCGCCAGUUUAAGAAUUUGGCCGUAUACAAGAAGAAACAUAAAAUGCGCCGCAUUCAUCCAUACAAACAUAAAAUGAAAAGUUUACGAUUAAAAUUAAUAGGCAAACUUAUAUAAACGGUCAUAUGAGAAUAAAAAGAGAGGAGACUUCAAAUGUUAGAGUAACUCGUGAAAAUCAGAUAACUAAUUUUUAUUUUAUUUUUUUUUUCUAGAAACAAAAAACGACAACUCCUUUAACAAUAUGCAAAACAGCUCCAAAACAUUCGAUUAUCAUUAAAUUCGCUCUAACAUUUGUCGCCUAGAACGCUCAGGGCUUAGUUAAGUGCAGUAAUUGACUAACGAUUUGGUUCAUAUGCAGUGAAGAAGUAAACGUUUAAUUAUAUGAUUUCCAUUUUAGAAUCUUAGUACGAGUAAACACUUUUUUCGGCGUAAAUUUAAAUAAAACUGCAAACUCAAAAGUUGUGAAGAUUCUAAGCAAAGUUUGUAAUACUGGGUGAAGUAAAACUCUCUGAUUUAAAGUUAAUAUUAUGCUUAAGUUCCUUAACAAUUCCAAAAGGAAGUUAAAAAGAAAAAAAUCGAUGUCUACUUCAGUACCACUAAGACCACGCAGAAAAGUCGGAGCAGGUUAAUCCAAGUUUUGCAACUAUGGACCCAAUUUAGUAUCGAAUGCAACAACAAAAUGUUGAAGCUAACUAAUUCCGUUCUGGUAAUGGACAUCGAAGAUGAGGCACCACCUGAUCUUUCACUAUCACCUACCGCAUCGAAUAUUUUGAAAGUGUUUCUAUCACAUCGGGCGACUCGGCCUAGCAAGCGAAGCAGCUGAAUCUUUAUUCGCUGCGCUAUAUCUAUAUCGCCUUCAAGCUCGUACGGCUUGAUAACGUAAAGCGUUUUUCAAUAGGUGCGCUUCAACUUUUUUCCGAUAGGGAGGGCGAACGACGCAAUGUUUUUUAUUUUUCGCUUGUCAUUUGUAAACUUCAUUAGUAUACAUUUCAUCAUGGAACGCUACACACUUGAGCAACGAUUGCAAAUCGUGCAAAUUUUUUAUGAAAAUAAUCGUUCGGCUUGAUACGUACAAAAGUCCGCAGCAUCUCUCGAACACUUCAAAAGACGCUCCAUCCGAUGUUGUCUUCAUCUCUUCAUUCGGGCGCCAAACAUUGCGUGGUAUAAGCUUGGAAGGUUUCUUGAGUAUAUUGAAAAAAAAAAAUUUUAACAGUGUAUAAAUAGAGAAUUCUGUGAUUAAUAGAGCUUUCCUUAGUUUGAACAAAUAAACUCGUUUGGCUUUUCUACGAGAAAAUUGAGAUUUUGCUAAAUUAAUAAUAAUUAUAAUUCAACGUUUACUUUUGUUUUAGAAUCAAUGUCUACCACUUUCACUGCCAAACCUAAAUAAACCCUUAAAACAAUUGGAAAACUGCACAUACAUACACAUACACAUUUGAUGAAAUGUACCGCUAUGUACAGAUAUUCUUUUUUUUAUAACAUAUAUAUAGAGCAAGUGUUUCAAAAAAUUCGCUACACACAUACUCGUACACUUUUUUCCUAAGUCAUACUUAACGUAAUACGUUAAAAAAUAUCGCAAAUUUGGUAUAAUACGUGUAAUAAUUGAACCGCCUUUUGAUUUUCCAAAAGCAAAAAAUAUGUUUACUUCGUGUAAAUAUAUUUAAGGAAACAAGAAAAUGCAAUAAUUUAGGUACUGAGUUAUAUGUAUAUUUGAAUACAAUGUAUUCCCAAAAAACUCUGUUGCUCUACAUUUGCAUGAUAAAAGUCAUUUCGAAUGAAAUAUUCGUCUAUGAAACUACGAAUACGAAUAUUAUAAACAAAAAAAAUAUACGGGUUUUACCGCGAAUUACUUCACUUUGCGCUAUUCUGCUGCUAGUAUUCUCAACUAUGGAACACAAAAGUCGGCAGGGACUUAGUAUUCGAAUUUUAGUGUUGGGGGGAAAUAAAAUAUAUAAUAAAAUUACUUUUAAUAGACCUUAAAAAAGAAGAAACUGCUAAAAUUGUUAGUAUCGAAGCCAAAGUCAAAUUAUACAAGCAAAAGAAACUAAAAGUAUGCAAAACAGGAAGAAGUUAAAAUAUAAAUAUUUUUUUAAUUACCAUACGUACAUACAUACAUACUUAUAUACUAUGUAAAUGUGAGGAAAUAAGCGAAAACAUAAAACGUGAACGAUAAUUUAUAAGAAAUAGUUUAAUAUUUCAAUUUAAAAAAAUACAUAUUCAAAUAUUCCUAACCAAAAAGUCCCAAACAUAUACACAGCCAUACAUUUGUAUGCAAGUGUAUACAUACACAUACAUACGCAUCUAUGCAAUUUUUGCGAUCAUUAAGUGAUUUGUAGAGAAAUUACUGGUGUGUGGCACACAUACAACAAUGUAAUGUGCAUAUGUAUAUCACUUGGUGAUUUACAAAACAAACAAAAAAAAAACGAACAAAA